UUUCAAAAGAAGGCUCCUGGCGCUCUGGCCUGCCGGGUUCUGUGCUCGGUCAAUGGCAGUUCUUCCUUAGGUACGGCUGUUUCUUCCAAGGUACCUGCUCUGGUGCCCGAGAGAGCUGUGUGACGGAACCUCCCCGGUGUUGCUGACCUGGCCGAGCAGCGCUCUGAGCCAGCCAUUGUGCGGCCACUGCUUAUGCGGCCACCACAGAGCUUUCCAGGACCGCGCUGCAGUUCCUCAUUGAAAUUCAGGAGGCAGCCCUCCUUCCCCCACUGAAGUGCAGUUUUCUUGGGCUUUUGUUCUGUCUGUGAAUAGUUCUUGCUGGGAGCCCAAGGCAGGCUGACUGGCUAACAGCAAGCAAGCCCCUCACCUACAGACCAGCACUCCUGACGCCCAGAACCCCCGCAGGCUCCAUGACCCGGGAGGAGCUGUGCAGGGAGGAGCUAGGAAGGCCAGGGGCAGGGAGCGCCGCACCAGAGGGCAUGCCUGGUGACCUCCAGCUGUCAACGAGGCUGCCCCUCUGCUUCAGUCACAAGACCUGGGUCUUCUCUGUGCUGAUGGGGAGCUGCCUGUUGGUGACGUCGGGGUUCUCGCUCUACCUGGGGAACGUGUUUCCUUCUGAAAUGGAUUACUUGCGCUGUGCUGCAGGCUCGUGCAUCCCAUCAGCCGUUGCGAGCUUUGCCAUUUCCAGGAGGACCACUGAGGUGAUUCCCAACUUUCAGAUAUUGUUUGUCUCCACGUUUGCUGUCACCACCACGUGUUUAAUCUGGUUUGGAUGCAAACUUGUCCUGAGCCCAUCAGCAACAGACAUAAAUUUCAAUCUGGUUCUGCUCCUUCUGCUGGAGCUUCUGAUGGCAGCCACGGUGAUCAUCUCCGCACGGUCCGGCGAGGCAUCCUGCAAGCAGAAGGGUCUCAUCUCUGAAAGCUCCAACAUUUUGUACGAAGUGCGGUUUCCUGCUCGGGUCCUGAAAUCCUACUCGGCCAUCGAAGUGACCGCCGGUGUCUCUGCGGUCCUGGGCGGGGCCAUUGCUCUGAGCCUGGACGACGCAGCCUCCCGCCCUUACUUCUCGGUGACAUUCUUUUGGAUUUUAGUGGCUUGCUUCCCAAGUGCCAUCGCCAGUCAUGUGGCAGCAGAGUGCCCCAGCCCGCAGCUGCUCCCACUGUGCGGGCAUCUGCUGAGGGCUCUGGCAGCCUGCUCCUGUCUGCUUCCCACCAGGUGGAGGUGCUCAUUGCCAUCUGCAGCCUCACAGCCCCGCUGCUCUUCACCGCCUCUGGAUACCUGUCGUUCAGUGUGCCGAAAAUCAUGGAGGUCUUCAGGGACUACCCACCCUCCAUCAAGCCCUCCGAUGCGCUGGGGCUGCUGCUCAUGUUCGAGCUGCUCCUGCAGGCGGGCCUCAACACCGGCACCGUCAUCCAGUGCGCGGGCUUCAAGGCGGGCGCGCACGGCGCCGCGCACACCGGGCCGCGGGAGCGCCCCGUGGGGGAGGUGGCCAGCAGCCCCCCAAAGGAGUUUGACAAGGAGAAAGCAUGGCGGGCUGUCGUGGUGCAGAUGGCCCAGUGACCCCGGGAGGGGAGACCCGUCACGAGUCUGUGGGGUGCCAGCCCCUUGCGCUAACACAUUCUAACUUGCUUUCUGAGAGGGCAGCCGGCUGCAGGGUGGAGCUCUUGUUUUUGGUGGUAAUUUGACGUGAAACAGGCAAAUGGUGACUCUGUGCUUCCUGGGCUGAGACACAAGUGGUGGCCCCAGGACCCCAGCUGAGGAAGGGGUUUGGGCUGUGGCUGGGCCUUCCAGGGUCUCAGGUCGCUGCUGCCCUGUCUGCUGCCCCCACACCGCACCCGCUUCCCUGCCCCUUUGGUCGAGCACCCACUGUGUGCAGACAGCAUGUGGGCUGAGCUCAUCCCGCAUGGUUUUGCCCGUUCCAGGGUGCUGUUCUGUGCCCAGGCACAGCCCAGCCUGCGAGCACCGUUUCUUGAUGGGAGCAGAGCCUGGAGCACCUGCCCCUUUCAGGGCCAGGGCAGCCACCCCUCCCCAGGAUGGCACAGGGCAGCCCCCAUACCCACUGCCUGUCCACAUGAGAGCCCGGUGCCUGACUUCCUGCCCUCUGCCUGCACUUAAACCCGGCCAUUCCAGAAGGUUCCUGCCUGCCCAGUGGUGAAGUCCCUGUCCUGAGGUCGUGCACAGCCUGUGGAUGCCCAGCUCCCUGGAGGCUCAGCCACUAAGCCCUCCGCCGACAUCCACACUACGGCUGACCCACACAGCGAGAGGCAGCUCAGUGUUCUUUGGGAUGGGGCUGUGUCCAAAGGCCUGAAAACUGACAGGGCCACAGCUCUGUCUUGAUGGCUUUGGUGACCCAGCUGAGGCCCCCCACCUGCCUUGUCAGUUCUGCUCCCAUUCCCAUUACCCUGCUCAGAAUGCAAGACACCCCCGCGGGGAUCCUCGCGGGGGCGCCACUGGGCAUUCCCUGCCUUCUCCAUCCCUUAGUAAGUAGUGUGUUUUGAUCCUCACUCACUGGAGGUCUAGCCCAGGGCUGGGGGUCUCCUGUGUCUUGGGUCACCCCCAACAAGGUGCAGGGACAGUCUGGGUAUGAGAAUAACAUUUACUUCAGUUAAAAUCAUGCCCGAGAGUCAGUGCACUAUCUCCUUGUCCCGAGUACACCUGGAAUCUUCUAGAAUUGUUAGUUCCUCUCAAUUGACAUGGGCACCAGGAAAUUCCCACGAGUGAGCGCCUUCUCAAAGUGGAAAUGUUAAUUGUCUUAGGAAUUGUUUCUGGACAGGUUCUUUCAUUCAGAAGGCUGCAUACUUAAUAGGUUUUGUCUCUUUUCUUCCAGUAUGAGGAGAUUAGUGCCCUGUGCUGGAGAUGCUAAUGUUUGCUCUUUGCUAAGUUGAGGCACAUUAAUGUGCCCCAGGAGAUGAGGGCUGGCUGGGACUGGCCAGUGAGACCUGGCACACCUGUGAGGGGAAUUUGGGGAUCCACCCUGAUUUUUCACCUCUGAGCACAAGUGACUGGCUGCUAGAGUGUCCUCACAGUAUUCAGGACAAGUCGGGCCAUUUUCAAUCAAACAGGAGUGCAGGUAAGGCAACUGGAACUCGGAGAGUGCUGUCCUAGGAAGUGUGGUCCUCAGCCCUGGCUGGCUGCUGGGUGAAGGGGCAAAGCAGCCCCUUUCACACUCCAGGGCAGCUCCAAGGGACAAGGACAGAGCUGGGGGCCAGACAGGCUAAUGCCUUGGCCACAUCCCACGUGAGCAUGAGCACAUGAGGCGGCUCUCCUGCAGACCUCCUGCUGUAGCUCAGGCUGCCUGCUCUUCCGGAAUCUCCCAGGCAAGGAGGCCAGGUAGGGCCUUCUCUGGAGCCGGGACAGGGUCCCAGGGACUGCACAGGUGAUGCUGGCAACUUCUUCGGGGUCCAGAAAGCCUGAGUCUUAGAGCUGGCAUAGAGUAGGCACCUGGGGAUUUAAUACAAGCUUGCACUUACUUAUUUCAAAGAGAGUUUGAAAAAUGCAGACAAAUGGGGUUUUUAAAUUGAUACUUAUGUUUCUAUUUACAUUUUUGUUUAAUAUGGUUUAAUAUUGCCUAAUAAACGCUAACAUGUAAA